AGCUGCUUCGGGAAAGUUAACCUCUCGUACCUACGCCCCAAUGGCGUAUCUGGUACCUCUCUCUGGCUUACUCCUCGCUUCGAGCUUACUUGUUCUCCUCCUAUCUUUUCCCUUUCCUCUGCUAUGCUUUCCUUCGCCCCUUUCAUUGCGGUCUCUGGGCAACCGGCCCGAUUAUAAAUAUAUCUCUGCGGAGCUGCUCCUGUUCCAAGCCGUGCAUACCUCGAAUUCCACCGCUCUCUCUCCCUCAGUCCUCUCCACACACAGGUAACCAUGUCUGCCUCGCCUCUGCUCCCAUCGCAUGAGAACUACUCGCCUUACCGGCCGUCGUCUCCCUCGCCCUCCGUUGCCUCCUCCGUCCCUUCCACCCCAUACUCCCCCAACGCCAUCGUCAUCCCCAUGCCCGAAUGGGCCACCACCGUCUCGCCCUCGCGCGUCGGCUCGUUCGUCAACUCAGCAAAGAGCCGCUCCCGCCAGCUCUUCCGUUCCGCAUCCUCCGCUGCCACCACCAAGGGCUGGCGCGUCCACUCCAAGAUCCGCUUCGCGCUCGAGGCUCUUCUCAUCAUCUACGUCUUCACACUCCUCGCCAAGUUCCGGCACUACGGCGUCAUCACAAAAGAGCAUCUCUUCUCGCUCGAGAUCCCUCUCUCCAAGGGCACGGCCGACGACGUGCUCUCAAACUCUGUCAUCUCCGAGGGCUAUGUUCCCCCCCACUACCUUCCCCUCGAGCGCGCCAAGGUCGACGGCAGCCGCAUGAACGUGCUCCUGGUCAACACCCCCGACUACCACUACGAGGUCUUUGUCCCCAUCGUCGAGGCCUUCAAGCAGAUCGACAACAUCAACAUCACCCUUGUCUCGAGCGAGCUCGGCAUGAGCAAAUGGGGACUCCGCAAUGCUGUCGAUAUUGAGCGCGGCGACCUGCCCAUCGUCGACGCCAGCUCUACGCCGCUGGACCAAAUUGGCUUUACCCCUGAUUUCAUUUUCCUCACCACCUGCCCCGAAGACAUGCGCGUCAUCGGCAAAUCGGCCCUUAAUUCAAUGCUCUCCCAGGGCGCCCACGUCGUCUGCAUCGUGCACGAGGCCCAUCUCUGGGACUUCCACCACGUCGACCAGUACGCGAAGGAGAUCUCCUACAUGCGCCCCUGGAUCCGUCAGGACCAGUGGCACUUCGCCGCCCUCUCGCGUCACGUGCACACUUUUAUCCGCAGCAACUUCCCGCGCUUCCUCGACAUUGAGGGCCGCGACUACCGCCCGCUGCUGUUCCACCCCGUCUUCAACUUCCCGGUGCCGAACAACCGCGACUUCAUGUCCGACGAGCCGUUUGCGGUUAUCCCGGGCAAGUUUGAGCCCGAGCGCAGAAACUACGACAAGAUCUUUACCGAGUAUGGACAGCUGAAGUGCGACAUCAACCUGCGGCUGAUUGGCUCGGGUCCCAUUCCCCAGAUUGCGAGCGAGAUGAACCCCAAGAUUGGCUUCAUCACCAACCUCAACUUCUUUGAGUACUUUGAGGAGCUCGGAAAGGGCGUCGCCAUCAUCCCCACCCUCGGAAACGAGCACUACCUCAAGUCGCAGGCGUCCUCGACCGUGGCCACCAGCAUCAUCGCCGGCACUCCUCUGAUUGUGACCCAGACCUUCCUCAACGCGCACUCGCAGAUCCCUCUCGACGCGAUCUGGGUCCAAGGUGACGACGAGACCGAGCUCGAGGUUCUGCAGCGCGUGGGACACUUGCCCGCGACCGAGUGGCAGCGGAAGAAGGACAGCGUGCUACAGCUGCGCAAUCAUCUGAUGGCAGAGAACAUCCAGCGCAGCGCGCGUCUGCUCAACAUCAUCAACGACAGCAAGAAGCCCGAGAAGACUCUGAAGGUCCGGCCUGAUGUCGGCGAGGCUGAGAAGAGCGUGCCUACUUUCCAAAACUGAUUUGUUACUCUAGCGUGUGAAUUCUUGUACUCUAUAUUUUUUUCUGGCUGAUUUUCAUUUAAUAUCCUUGUCUUGAUAUCUUGAUUUGCGAUUGUUUUUGUUUCAUUUUAUUUUUGGGUGUUUAUACAUUCUUGCUCCAGUCUAGUCUAUGGG